CCAUUCUUGGACUUUUCUUCCCUUGUCAAGCUUAUUUCCUGGUUGGACAUUUGAAGCACAUUUGUUUUAGCCCAAGGCUAAAUAUGCCAGAAGACCUUCACAUUUGUUUUCAGUCGUGUAGGACCAUACCCAGCAGCUUGUGAGCACAACCCUUUUUCUUUUUUGAACCCAGGAGUAGGCUGCUUCUAGAUAAGAUAGAUAAAAUCAUACAGCAACUGGAAAAGCUCUCAUCUGGGCUACAGCUGUAUUUGGACUAAACAACAAAACCAGGUGUUCAAGAAAGACCUCUGGGAAGUAAUUGAUCACCAGUUUCAGGAAAAUAUGCAGUGAGGUGCUUGCUGAUGUGGACCCCCAGGUAUUUAAAGCUGCUCAACCUCUCCACUUCAAGCUCUCGGAUAAACAGUGGCUGAUGGAGGUGAGUACAUCAUCCAGCUCUGUAGCACACACUGUGAGGGCCUGCCCAGGGAUAUUGUCUGGCCCUGCUGCCUUGCAGGGGUUGAUCUUCCUCAGUGCUUUGUGUACAACAGCUGAUGGUACAGUAGAGGGGAGAAGGGGGGUUGGGUGGUCCCAGUUUGUGUGUGUGUGCCUCCUCUCUGUAUUGCCGCUGGAGGUCUUGAAGCGGGUGUAGAAGGUGUUAAGUUCAUCAGGCAGGCUGUCUGAGGGGCUGAUGGAGCAUGUGGUGGUCUUGUAGUCUAUUGUGCUGAAGGCCUUGCCACAUCUGCCUGACAUCAGCAGUAGAGUACAAAUUAUUCAGCUUCUCUCUAUACUAUCUCUGGGCCGCUGUGUUGGCUUUUCUCAGUCCGUACUUUGCAGCUUUGUACUCUGUCUUAUUACCUGAAGUAAAUGCAAAUGAUCUAGCAUGCAGCAUGUGGUGUACCCGACUGUUUAUCCAGGGCUUCUGAUUUCCUGACUUAUAUGGUGAGUAUGAUGUUAGCAACACAAGUGCUAAUCUACCCAGACACAUACUCCGCAUAAUCCUGUAUGCUGACAGAGGAGCCCCCCAAGUUCCUGCAGCUUUAAACACAUCCCCGUCUGUCAGAGCAAAACAGUCCUGUAAGAUGCCCUCAGUCUUUGGGGUCCAGAGCUUAACCCGUUUGGUGACAGGGUUUGUUUGUUUGAGUCUUUGUCUGUAAGCCAGGUACAAGAACAAAGAGAUGUGGUUGUCCAAAGGGGGGGGGGCAGGGGACAGCCCUGUAUGCACCAUGUAUGUCACUGUAAACAUUGUCCAGCGUGUUAUUAUCACAGGUGGUAAUGUCCACAUGUUGGUGAUUUUUGAGAAGUACAGUCCGUAAAUUGCACUGAUUAAAGUUCCCAGCAGUGAUAAAAACAGCAUCAGGGUGACGUCGUGGAGCUUGCUAAGCGUGGCUGUGGAGUGUUUUGCCAUUUGCUUUUCCUGAUUCUUCUGCUUAUUGUUGUCUGUAAUAAACUGCCUACCUGCACUUGCAUCCUCUUGCUACCUCUGCCUUGUUAUGUGACAGAAUACCUCACCACUACAUUUACACAGCAGGAAGGUGAGUGGGGCUUAACAUCACUGCUGGAAAGCUGGUAAGCCUCAGUUCUGUUUGUUGUGUUUAAGUUUGCUUGUUUCAAAAAAAUAAAUAAAAAAAUCGCAUAUCACUACCUGAGUUUUCUGUGUUCUCCAAUUGACUGCUGUAACCUGCUGCACUGCUGCAAAAAAAACCUGGGAGAUCAGCAUAGAGCCAAAUCCAUUUAUGCAGGCCAUAUGGUUGCUCGGGUGCCACGGAUUCUUGAGAGCUAGAAUUGGGUUCAGGCAGGUCUUACAGUGGAUAACUGGGUAAUUUCCAAGUGAUCGAUGAUGGUCAUGUACUCCAGAUCUUCCAUGGUUCCAUGGCCAUCCCUUAUUUGGAGAUCACAUACCCAGAGCUGGUUAAUACUCAAGGGAGUAUACAUCAGGCCUUGCCAAAUUCAUUGUGCACAAAGGGAAUUGCUCUGUGUUAGUUUUAGAAGAUUAAGCAACGUGAUACCCAGAAGUUGUGCCUCUUUGCUUAUCUCAGUAGGCAGACAAAAUAAUCUCCCAAGUCAUACAUUUUGAUAAAUGUAUGGAAAGCAAUAGUGUAAUAAGAAUCUUUCAAUCCAAUCAAAUGGCCCAAACUAAUUUCACAAAUUUCUUUUUCAAAUAUGUCACCUGACGUAUUCAAUGCCUUACCGUAAUAUUUACUCUAACGAAUACAGAUGCCUCCAUACUAGCCACAGUUUUGUGGCUAACUGUGAUGAGUGAUGUAUAUUUUCCUCCUCAAGCAGUGAUGUAUCUAGUCAGUGUUUAACAUUUACCAGGCAAAUGUCUAAAUAUUGAUCUAAAGUAAAUGUAAAGAUUAGAUUAGAUUAGAUUAGAUUAGAUUAGAUUAGAUUAGAUUAGAUUAGAUUAGAUUAGAUUAGAUUCAACUUUGUCACUGCACAUGUGGGUACAAGGCAACGAAAUACAGUUAGCAUCUAACCAGAAGUGCAUUUUCGCAGUGCAAAUAAUUAGCAUAUAUAAUCAGUAUAUAAACAAUAAAUAAUUUGCAUAUAUAAACAAUAUAUAAAAAUGUAUAAAUAAUUUGCAUAUAUAAACACUAUAUAAACAGUAAACAGAUGGAGGUAAAUACAAUGAGUGCAAAUGAGCAAAUGAUUAUAGGUGGUGCAAUAAAGAAGGUGUUGUAUACCAUGAUAAUAUCUAAUGCAUUUAAUGCUGUGCACAACCCUGUUAAUUUGACACACAAAAUGUGUACAUAAAGUAGCUCCUCAGUGGUACAAUGGGUGAAUUCAUGUGACAGUAACACUUCAAGUUAUGCACAAGCAGUGUUAUAAUGUUAGUUAUGUGUUAUGCUACUGUACUUAAUAGUUGUUUUUUCUUUUACUAGUUAAAACUAAAUAGUUAAAUAAUUUGAGAUAUUCUUUCAACAAUUAUGGUCUAAUAACCAUACUGUCAUUAAGUGUAUCUAAAUAUCUAAAUAUAUUCUUAUUUUGCCAUUAUACUUUUGAACUGGUGUACUUUUUUGAUCCAAUCACAUAUGGUAGCUUGGUAGUUUCAGACAAAGCCAUGAAGACACAUGGACACACUUAUAAUGCCAUCAUGAUUUAUUGUGUAUAUUUUUUUUUCUCAUCACGCUUUUUCAUACUUUAUUGUUAUCCAUAAGCACCUUGCAUUGAUGUAUAGUGUUACACACAAAUCUACACAGGGGAUUAAUUUUCUGACCAGUACCUACGAGGCAUUUUCAAACUAUGAGCAUGACAUCAUAUUUGUCACUCAAAUAAGGGAGGAGUGAUAAAUUUCUAAACUAUAAAAACACCAGAACUUCUUGAGCCAUAAGUCAUUUGAUUAUGACUUUUUACAUUUACUGCUUUACUUUAAACUCUGUAGAUGUAAAUGAACACUGUAUUCAUGAAUCUGAUGGAGUUUAAUCAGUCUGAUCGCUGUGAGCAUUUCUCCUGUCCAGAGAGAUCUGUAUCUCCUGCAGUUUAUAUCUUACUGUACGUGUGUUCAGCUGCUGUGGUUCUGCUAACAGUGUGUGGAAAUCUGCUGGUCAUCAUCUCUGUUCUUCACUUCAAGCAGCUUCACACACCAACCAACAUGCUGGUGCUCUCUCUGGCUGUGUCGGAUUUCCUUGUUGGUGCUUUAGUGAUGCCGUCAAUUUUAAUCUGGACAAUCGAGUCAUGCUGGAUUUUUGGGAGAGGUUUCUGUGUCUAUUUUUUGUGGAUUGGUGGUGUCCUCACGUGUUUAUCCAUCUAUAAUAUCGCUCUGAUUGCUGUGGAUCGGUAUUUGGCUCUCGCAAACCCUUUUCUCUACAUGAACACAGUCACUAAGAGGACAAUGUGCAUUGUGGUUUAUUCUAACUGGUGUAUAAGUCUAGUGUAUAAUGCAGCACUCUGUUAUUUCAAUGGAAGUUUUAUGAAUUUUCUCUCUUGUCCUGAAGAGUGUAUUUAUUUUCUGAAUGAGGUUUGGACUGUAAUUGAUCUUGUAUAUUCAUUUAUAUUUCCACUUUCUGUCAUAAUCAUAUUGUAUACUCGAGUUUUUGUGAUUGCUAAGAAACAUGCCACUGCUAUCAGAGAUCUUAAUAAUCACACACGACCUAAAACACAGAAAAUCACCUCACACUCCAUGAAAUCUGAGAGAAAAGCAGCUAAAGUCCUCGGCAUUUUAGUGUCUGUGUUUCUGGUGUGUUUACUUCCAUAUUUUAUUUGCAGUUUAUUAGGGAAUGUUUUUGAAAUGCAGGCAGACACAGUUAAGAAAGUUUUGCUCAUACUUUGUCUUAAUUCCACCAUUAAUCCAGUUAUUUAUGCUCUGUUUUACCCGUGGUUUCGGAGGUGCAUUAAAUUAAUUAUAACUCUGCAAAUAUUUCGAACUGACUCUGCAUUAAUAAAAUUUCUUUCCUAA